ACGGCUCGGUAGGCUGCUGAGAUGAUACGCGAGCGAUCGCAGGGAAAACCUAAUCGGUGAAAUUAUCUUCCACACCAGCGGCAAAUAUGUCGAGGAAGUGCAGUUAAUGGAGCCAGCUUUAUCAAUGGAUAUUCCUCCCGAGGUAUCCAGCGCUCAUCGCGAAUUCAGUGGCGAGAUUGCUUUUCCAGAGGAAAUACGCCUUCCGAGCAGGAGAACAACCAAUCAGCCGUGGCGAACCAAAGAUAAACAAGCCUUAUGAUAAGACAAAACUCUCAGGUUUACCCAGGCUGUGCGCAGCCCUAGUGAACUAUCAUGCUGGCCUGUAUCCAGAGACGGCAAAACCUCUCAUCGCAGCAUUUGGCCUACACACCCAAAAGCCUCGAUGUUCCACCGCCGCCAUUACUGCUGCCGGUACCACCCCUGCAGCCAUGCACCCACAAAGGGGAGCCAUCCGCCAUGAUUUCUCGAUACCCUUCUCCUGCAGAGUUGGAUGCUUUUGCCCAGAAAACCGCCAACAGCCCACUGUCCAUCAAAAUCUUUCCGUCGGACGUGCGGGUACCACAACACAAACAGCUUAACAAAACAGUAAAUGGCUUAGAUACUACAGGCCAACACUACAGUCCCUAUUCGCAUCCAUACUCAGGAGGCUACCAAGGCUUGUUGGCCAUUGUCAAAGCCUCUGUGGUGGUCAAAGGUGUUGUGAAAACCUUUGAGGGCAGAAGGACUAAACAUAUCAACACCCAGGCUUCUGUGGCACCAUAUAAUAAUCAUCUGAAUAAUAGCUACACCGUCAGAAGUGGGCAUAAGGCCUAUCGUGUAAACUCAUGCAAGCCCCCUGAUGCACCGAUUGAGACACUUUGUUCUAGCGUUGGAAUAGCCUCUGGAGAUCAGAGCCUGGCCCCCAAGUCUGAGCUGGCAGAGGUUCAAAGCUUGAUGAGGCAGAUGAGCAGAGUUCCUCACAGCCAGGCACCGCAGCUGGGGGGAGAGGCCCGAGCCAGCCCCUCGCUGCAGGCCGUGGCUGCGGUGGCACAUUCAGACUCAGACUUUGUCCUGGGAGUGCCUCCCCAGAGCAGUCUGGCUUUCGCAGGAGCAGUGCUACCAACACAGAGUGCAGACAUAGCCAAAGCUGGAUACUUGGAGAAAGGAGACUACACUGCGUGGCAGCACAAAGCUCAAAUGCAGCAGCAGCCCUAUCAGCAGGGAGCAGUGAGGAUGUAUGGUGUGAGUAACAGUGCUCAGGGGCACAGAGCAGCAGAGGCAGGGGUUGGCCAUUCUCCUGAAACCUGCCUCCCUUUGGCCUGCUCCUCACAGCUGUCCUAUAGGCCACAUCCUGGCAGAGUGGGCGCCAGGCAGGAGCAAAUCAGCGGGUCCUCUCUGAGCAGCGCCACCAUACACGGGGAGCUGUCUGUCGGGCAGUACUUCGCUCCUCUCUGGGACAGCGUUGUGGCUACCCCUAACAGUGACUGUUAUCCUUAUCAGGUGCUGGCAACGGGUACAUGUGCAGCCAGGCCUAGAGAUGUGGGUCUCUCCCAUCCCCAUCCCCAUUUCCGCUCAAACCACCAUCAACAUCAACACCACCACCACCCACAACAUCACCAGGCACAGCUUCACCCUCCUCCUCUUCCUCCUCCUCUUCCUCCUCCUCCUCCUCAUACCCAGGCCUACAGCACAGACCAAAACCUCUGUUGUGGGCUGUCUAGUUCUAGCCUGUGCCACGCUGCAGUGCUUAGCAGCAGCCUGCAGUCUCUGGAGUGCCUCAUCAGUGAGAUCCACCCUCCCUGCAUCAAAGAACGCAUGCUGGGCCGUGGGUACGAAGCCAUGGGGAUGCCUCAGCUGCUGGAGCACCAACAGCAAACCCACAUCCAGCUCCCAGUUUUCAGAUAAGACAGAAGGACGGAGAAGUGACGAACCUUUUAUAGACUGGAAAUGUCUAUGAGUAAGAGACAUGCCUUUUAGUUUGUGCAUGUACUUUAUUUGUAGAAGGCUUUGUCUCAUAAGCCUGAAAAAGGUAAAUGAUAAUCAUGACUUAAAAUACAGGUUUAUUCUAUGGACUUUCCAUGUUGUAUUUUUAUACCUUAAAUGGCCAUCGGACAUGAUUGCUGUUGUUCCUGUGAUGCUGAGCACUUACUUACAUUUUUACAUGACAUGACAUAAUCAUUGGUAACCUUCUGAAAACUUUUACUUGAACCCGGUAAUGAUCUCUGGUAAGCGUUUGUGUGAAUAUACUGUAUAUUUUUUUCUCAUUAGUUUCUCAAGAGGAAGAAUUUCUUUGCUUUUAACCGAUCUUUUGGUUGUCAGCUGAUUUGUUGUGGACUGUUUUUUUUUUUUCUUUUUUCUUUUCACUUUCACUUAACAGGCAUACGCAGUGCCCCAGCUUUCUCAGUACGAUGCAACUCUCCUGGAUGCUGCAUGGGGAAAUAUUUUGACCGUACAAAUGUGAAUAUAUUUAUUUUUUGUUACAGUCACGGACAAACUUCUGUAAUUUAACACCUAUACUGAUUUAAUGUAGUCACGCUCGGCUCGGCUUAUGAGGACUGUUGCAUAUCCAAAUCAACACUGUGGCAUUCAGGCCGAGCAAGAUAUGCCCUUGCCCUUGGUUGUAUUUUUUUAAAGGUUUUUAAAUUUCAAAAAGGUUGUGUGAACAUUUUUCCUUGAAUGACAUAAGGUUCUGACACUGUUUUCACAACGCCAUGCGUGUAAUGGAGUGCUACCUUGAAGAGCAGGCCGCCUGAAUCAUUUACAGUGUCUUCUUUGUAGGGCUAUCUUAUCUCUGAUGGGUUGAGAUGUGUGACUGAGUAGUUCUUUGUGUGUCUGCACUGGUUCUGUAAUACAAAUUAUUUAUGUCUGCCCUUUGAUUUAUAUGGCAAACUGUCUCUCUUAUAAAGUGCAAUUAUUAUAUAUGAAUAUGUGAGCGCUCUCCAUGAAUUAUGUUGAUGAAAUAACGACAUUUUGCUAUGUAUGACCC